GAGACCUCACCUGUCCCCCAUGUCUCUGUCCAGCUCGUCCAGCUCCCGACUACGAAGCUGUGACCACCCAAGUCCCACCCACCACGACCCCUGAGCCUCCCGUGAAGCCCCUGCUGGGGGAGCUGACGGUGACGGGAUCCUCCCCGGACUCGCUGAGCCUCUCCUGGACCGUCCCCCAGGGCCAGUUUGACCACUUCCUGGUCCAGUACAAGAACGGGGACGGCCAGCCCAAGGCGGUCCGGGUGCCGGGACACGAGGACGGGGUCACCAUCUCGGGCCUGGAGCCGGACCACAAGUACAAGAUGCACCUGUAUGGCUUCCACGACGGCCAGCGCCAGGGCCCCGCCUCUGCCACCGGGGUGACAGCUGCAGAGGAGGAGACCCCCAGCCCCGCAGAACCCAGCACGGAGGCCCCCGAGCCCCCUGAGGAGCCCCUGCUGGGGGAGCUGACGGUGACGGGAUCCUCCCCGGACUCGCUGAGCCUGUCCUGGACCGUCCCCCGGGGCCACUUCGACGCCUUCACCGUCCAGUACAAGGACAGGGACGGGCGGCCCCAGGUGGUGCGUGUCGGGGGUGAGGAGAGCGAGGUCACCGUGCGGGGCCUGGAGCCGGGGCGCAAGUACAAGAUGCACCUGUACGGCCUGCACGGGGGGCGGCGCGUGGGCCCCGCGUCCACCCUGGGCCUGACCGCUGUGACCACCCAAGUCCCACCCACCACGACCCCUGAGCCUCCCGUGAAGCCCCUGCUGGGGGAGCUGACGGUGAUGGGAUCCUCCCCGGACUCGCUGAGCCUGUCCUGGACCGUCCCCCAGGGCCAGUUUGACCACUUCCUGGUCCAGUACAAGAACGGGGACGGGCAGCCCAAGGCGGUCCGGGUGCCGGGACACGAGGACGGGGUCACCAUCUCGGGCCUGGAGCCGGACCACAAGUACAAGAUGCACCUGUAUGGCUUCCACGACGGCCAGCGCCAGGGCCCCGCCACUGCCACCGGGGUGACAGCUGCAGAGGAGGAGACCCCCAGCCCCGCAGAACCCAGCACGGAGGCCCCCGAGCCCCCUGAGGAGCCCCUGCUGGGGGAGCUGACGGUGACGGGAUCCUCCCCGGACUCGCUGAGCCUGUCCUGGACCGUCCCCCGGGGCCACUUCGACGCCUUCACCGUCCAGUACAAGGACAGGGACGGGCGGCCCCAGGUGGUGCGUGUCGGGGGUGAGGAGAGCGAGGUCACCGUGCGGGGCCUGGAGCCGGGACGCAAGUACAAGAUGCACCUGUACGGCCUGCACGGGGGGCGGCGCGUGGGCCCCGCGUCCACCCUGGGCCUGACCGACGCCCUGCCCUCGGAGCCCCCGGGGGCACCCCGCCUGGUGGAGCUGGCUGUGGCCGCCGUGACCUCAGACUCGGUGCACCUGUCCUGGAUGGUGGCCCAGGGCCCUUUCGACUCCUUCCUGGUCCAGUACAGGGACGAGCAGGGGCAGCCCCAGGCAGUGCCCGUGGGCGGAGACCUCCGGGAGGUCACCAUCUCGGGCCUGGCCCCUGCCCGCAAGUACAAAUUCCUACUCUUUGGAGUGCAGGAUGCGAAAAGGCACGGCCCACUCUCUGCGGACGCUAAGACCCUCCCAGACACAAAACCUCCGCCUGGGGAGCUGACAGUGACAGGCGUGACCCCGGACUCCGUGGGCCUCUCGUGGACGGUCCCCCAGGGCAAGUUCGACUCCUUCGUGGUCCAGUACAAGGACAGACACGGGCAGCCCCGGGUGGUGCCCGUGGCCGCGGACCAGCGCGAGGCCACCAUCGGCGGCCUGGAGCCCCACCGGAAGUACAGGUUCCUGCUCUAUGGGCUGACAGGCGGGAAGCAGCUGGGCCCCAUCACUGCUGAGGGCACCACAGCCCCAGAAGAGGACGCACCCGCCCCCUGGCAAGCUGCCACAGGGGCCCCCGACACCCCCGGAGGGCCCCGCCUGGGGGAGCUGGCCGUGACCGACAGCACCCCGGACUCCCUGCGCCUCGCAUGGACGGUGGCCCGGGGCCCCUUCGACUCCUUCGUGGUGCAGUAUUGGGACGCGGACAGGCAGCCCCAGGCCUUGCUCGUGGGUGGGGACCAGCACGUGGUGCACGUGUCAGGCCUGGAGCCCAGCACCGCCUACAAGUUCUUCCUCUACGGCCUCCACGAAGGGAAGCGCCUGGGGCCCGUCUCCACGGAGGGCACCACAGGUAGCGCCAGGCGAGCCUGGGGGGGUGCCCAGAGUGGCGAGCAGGGAAAGAACAGGAGGGGGGCCGGGGGGGAGGAAGCGCUGG